AACAUGCACUCAUUCUCCUGCCUGCCGCUGACAGAAACAUGGCGGGGGCCAGCAAGUUUUUGACAGCGAGAAAUUCUUCCAUAGCUACAGCCGUCCUCAUCGCACUUUACUUUCUGAAGCGUCGCCGUAACGCUGCUUUUUCCAAAAGCAAGAAAGGUGGAUCAGACUCAUCCAUCUUAAAUAAUGAUAAAGAUGGCAAGAAAGAAAAGGCUGUUGUGGACAGGGUAUUCUUUGCAAGAAUCUGGAGAAUCAUGAAGAUUAUGGUUCCUCGUACAUGCUGUAAAGAGACAGGUUACCUGCUGCUUAUUGCAGCUAUGCUUGUUGCACGAACAUAUUGUGAUGUUUGGAUGAUACAGAAUGGGACCAUGAUUGAAAGUGCAAUUAUUGGUCGUACAACGAAAGAUUUCAAGAAAUAUUUAUUCAACUUUAUUGCUGUUAUGCCAGUUAUAUCCUUGGUAAAUAAUUUUUUAAAGCUUGGCCUAAAUGAAUUAAAGCUGCGAUUUCGUGUUAGGCUCACCAGACACCUUUAUGAUGAGUACUUAAAAGGCUACACCUACUAUAAAAUGGGAAACCUGGAUAACAGAAUAGCAAAUGCUGACCAGCUUCUCACCCAAGAUGUGGAAAAAUUUUGUAACAGCGUUGUAGAUUUAUAUUCAAAUCUGAGCAAGCCUCUUCUUGAUAUUUGCUUAUAUAUAUUCAAACUUGCUAGUGCAAUUGGUGCCCAGGGGCCUGCCAGUAUGAUGGCAUAUCUGAUCAUUUCAGGAUUAAUCCUGACAAGAUUAAGAAGACCCAUUGGAAAAAUGACAGUAACUGAACAAAGAUAUGAAGGGGAAUACAGAUAUGUAAACUCACGUCUCAUAACCAAUAGUGAGGAGAUUGCUUUUUAUAAUGGAAAUGCAAGAGAAAAACAAACAAUUUAUUCUACUUUUAAGAAACUGGUUGACCACUUGCACAAUUUUAUCUUCUUUCGGUUCUCUAUGGGUUUUGUGGAUAGUAUAAUUGCCAAAUACCUUGCCACAGUUGUUGGUUACCUGGUGGUUAGCCGUCCAUUCCUAAAUUUAUCACAUCCAAGACAUUUGACGAGUACACACUCAGAACUACUUGAGGAUUACUAUCAGAGUGGCCGUAUGCUACUUCGUAUGUCCCAGGCUCUUGGAAGAAUUGUACUGGCUGGAAGGGAAAUGACAAGGCUCUCUGGGUUUACUGCUCGCAUCACAGAACUGAUGCAGGUGUUGAAAGACCUUAACACUGGCAAAUAUGAGCGCACUAUGGUUUCCAAUCAAGAUAAAGGUUCUGAAGUGUUGAAUUCAGUUCCUUUGAUCCCAGGCAGUGGAGAAAUUAUUAAAGCUGACAAAAUUAUCAAGUUUGACCACACACCUUUAGUAACUCCUAAUGGUGAUGUUCUCAUUCAAGAUCUCUCUUUUGAGGUGAAAUCUGGCACAAAUGUUCUAAUUUGUGGCCCCAAUGGUUGUGGAAAGAGCUCACUUUUCCGUAUUCUUGGGGAGCUGUGGCCUUUGUUUGGUGGACACCUAACAAAACCAGAAAGAGGGAAGCUUUUUUAUGUACCACAGAGACCAUAUAUGACACUAGGUACGCUACGAGAUCAGGUCAUUUACCCAGACACCAUAGAAGAUCAGAAGCAGAAAGGAAUCUCUGAUCAGGUGCUUAAAGAGUAUCUGGAUAAUGUCCAGUUAGGCCACAUCCUAGAUCGGGAAGGAAGCUGGGAUACGGUUCAAGACUGGAUGGAUGUCCUCAGUGGAGGAGAGAAACAAAGGAUGGCUAUGGCAAGACUGUUUUACCACAAACCACAAUUUGCCAUCUUGGAUGAAUGUACUAGUGCAGUAAGUGUUGAUGUUGAAGAUUACAUCUACAGUCACUGUAGAAAGGUUGGAAUAACAUUGUUUACAGUGUCUCAUAGAAAGUCAUUAUGGAAACAUCAUGAGUUCUACCUGCACAUGGAUGGAAGAGGAAAUUACGAGUUCAAGCAAAUUACUGAAGACACAGUAGAGUUUGGAUCUUAAAAUCUCUCCCAUAGGUCAUGAUGUUUUGUUAUCAAAAUCAACUAAAUCCUGCACUAAAGUUGUAAAUUAAAAUAAGUUACUUUUUUAAUUAGUGAAAAUGUCUGUUUAGAUGCUACUGUAUUUAAAAUAAUCUAUAAUGUUUAGAUAAUUACUGUAUAUUUGGAAUUUAUAUUAUCUGUUCCAUAUUUUUAUGUUCCAGCUAAUUCACUGGAGCUUAAAAAAACAGUAUGGCACAUUGACCUUAACUAAUUAUAGCAGUAAUCUUGUCCGUAUCAUGCUAAAUCUAUUUAACGGUUUUCCUGUAAUAGUGUUUUAUAUGAAAUGAACAGGACCUAAAAUACUUUCUGUAAAGAAACAAAAUGCCAUGCCACUGUUUCCAUCCCCUCUUCUAUUGUGCACGUUUGUUAAUUUUCAAUUAACAGAAAAAUCACUGAAAUGAAAUGACCCUUUAUCUUCUCAUCUUUAAACUGAUCAUAUCCAUUUUACAAUAAAAUUUAUUUCAGUUUUUUUGAAAA